GAGUCGCUCAAGGUUUCUUCUAUGAUCGAUCUGUCUUCGAUCAAGAAGAAACCACGAAAUAUAAACACUUAAUUGAAGAUAUUAUCAAGAGAUGAUGGGGUUGGAUCAAGAGUCGUCUAGUGUACCGCCUGGGUUUAGGUUUCAUCCGACAGACGAAGAGCUUGUUGGAUAUUAUCUCAAGAAGAAAGUCGCAUCCCAAAAGAUUGAUCUCGACGUAAUCAGAGAAAUUGAUCUCUACAAGAUCGAACCAUGGGAUUUACAAGAGAGAUGUAAGAUAGGGUACGAACAGAAGGAGUGGUACUUCUUCAGCCACAAAGACAAGAAGUAUCCGACAGGGACGAGGACUAACCGAGCCACCGUGGCCGGUUUCUGGAAAGCCACGGGCCGGGACAAGGCCGUUUACCUCAACUCCAAACUUAUCGGUAUGAGAAAGACUCUUGUCUUUUACCGUGGUCGAGCUCCUAACGGCCAAAAAUCCGAUUGGAUCAUCCACGAAUACUACAGCCUCGAGUCCCACCAGAAUUACUCUCCUCCACAGGAAGAAGGAUGGGUAGUGUGUAGAGCAUUUAAGAAACGAUCGACCGUCCCGACAAAAAGAAGACAACGACUUUGGGAUCCAAACUGCUUCUUCUACGACGCUACCCUCUUGGAACCUCUCGACAAGAACGUCUUAAAGCGUGCCAAACAUAACACUGAUUUCGCCGUCACAGUACCGUUUAAGCACAUCGUCGAUGAUGAAGACUUGGGCUCUAUGCACCUUCACUCCAUCGACGAUGAUCAAUUCUCUCAGCUUCCUCAACUAGAGAGCCCCUCUCUUCCCUCAGACAAGUUACCAGAAAUGGCACGUCAGAGUACACGCGCGCUGGAAGAUGAGAAGAGGAUCACGGAUUGGAGAUCGCUUGAUAAGUUCGUGGCGACUCAAUUCUUGAUGAGUGGCCAAGACUAA